AUGCGCUUGAAAAUAAACUUAAGGCUAAGCCAUUAUAUAGUCAAUUACUGCUGCAUUUAUUCUUAAUCUUCCCCUUUCGUAUGUAUUUAUUUUAGCUAAAAAACAUUGAGCUAAAAGUUCAUUGAUCGUGGCAUGUGAUGCAACAUAUAUUUAUCCAUCCAUUGAUAACACACUCGGAUGAAAUGAAAAUAAGAGGCAGACUCUGCACUUGCUGCAGUAGCUUCGACGCGAUGGAUGUACAGUGAAUCGAUCGUAAAAUCCGUCAUGAAUCAAGAGUGCGGUGAGCGCACACCGUUAAUUGCAUCGCGAAAAAAGCGAUGGAUGCCGAUGCGGAUAUGGAUCUGCGUGAUGAUGUUCACAGCCUGUUGGACCAGCUAUGCAUGUCGUCUGCAGAUACCGAUCCUGGUGGUGCCAAUGAUCAGGGAGCCGCCGAGGAACAUUACAAACGACGGCGUAUGCUUCGUCGAUGACGGUGCGCGUCGGCGACGCGAUGUCUUCAACUUGCUCGAUCCGGGCAGUAACCUGGAAAAUUAUAUUUUGGAGGAGCAGGACGACAAAGUUUUGCGGUCACUACACCGUCGUCAAAUUGAAGCGCGACCUCCGGAUGCUCCCAUCGAGUUGUUCAGCGGCCAGCCGUUCGACUGGACCCCGACAGUGCGCGGCCAACUGAUCGCCGCCUAUGCUUAUGGCAAUGUACCGGGCAACUUCAUCGGCGGUUGGCUGUCGCUGAGAUACGGACCACGUAGGACGGUCCUCUGGACGUCGUUGGUGGCCGCGAUAAUCUCGCUGGUGAGUCCGAUCCUUGCGCAACUACAUUGGGGUGCGUUGCUGUUCUCCCGGAUCAUCGUCGGUAUCACCGGUGGUGUGAUCUUUCCCUCGUGUCACACUAUGGUGGCCAAGUGGGCGCCGCCGCAUGAGCGGGCGCGCUUUCUCUGGUCCUUGCUGGGCGGCACUUUCGGCACAAUACUCACUUACCCGAUGAUCGCCGGUAUCGCGGAGAGCAUGAAUUGGGAAUCAGGUUGGUACAUACCGUCCAUACUGAUGUUAGUGUGGAUCGGCGUGUGGGCAAUAGUCGCCUUCGACUCACCGAACGAGCAUCCUGGCAUUACCGUCGAAGAGAAAGAAUACAUUAUAACCAUGCAAGCAGGAACGGUUCGCCCCGAAAAACCCAAGUGGGAGCAGACGCCGUGCCGGCAAAUAAUGACGUCGGUGCCGUUUCUCAGUUUAGUUACAUGCCACUUCGGGAAUCUUUUUCUGCUGUUCUUUUAUCAGAAUUCGCUGAUGCUGUACUUGACUAAAGCAUUGGGAUUCCAAUUGACGAGAGGCGGCAUUGUAGCCGGUUUACCAUGGGGAGGCAGGAUGCUAUUUGGAUUCUUCUUCAGUUGGGCAGGAGACACUAUCAAGCAGAAACAGAUUAUCAGCGUCACUCUUCUACGGAAGCUCGCAACUAUAUUUUCACAUUUUAUACCGGGUGUCUUCUUGAUAUUGGUCGGCUACGUUGGCUGUGACUUCGUACUCGCAAAUGUCUUUUUGUUCUUCGCACUGAGCUUUAACGGCGCUGCGCUUAUCUCCAAUCUGUCGAACAAUCAGGAUCUCGCACCGAACUUUGCCGGUUUCCUUUAUGGCAUCAUGAACACGGUCGGUACCAUCUCUGGUAUGAUCAUUCCGCCAAUAGUCGAAGAAGUAGCUGGUAAACAUGGGAAUCCGAUCGAUAGAUGGCAAAUACUCUUUUGGAUGGGCGCCGCGGUGUGUAUCGGAAGUAUGGUCAUAUUUUUGUUUGGUGGUAGCGGUAAUAUACAGAGUUGGAAUGAGCUUCGACCAAUCGAUGGACCAAGGGAGGAUGUGGAAGCUGGACAAACGAAAAAGGAACCUACCGAUACUACACAAACUUAAUCUGCAAUCUCAACAAAAUUCUCAAUCUAAUAACGUCGUAAGCGACAAGAUAAAGAUGAAGAUAUUAUUCUGAAUGACAUAAGAAAUUGACAUAAAAUAUCCAAAAAACUUUCUAAAAAUAAUGACGUGUUUAAAAAAGGUUUUAUUAAAGUUGAUUGUAAUAGUUAUUUUCUUGCAUCCUAAUCUUUUAGAGAUGUUUUUUUUAAGUUUAAAAAAAUUUAAAUUGUUUAAAAAAAUUUAUUUUUUAACAUUCUAUAACAUUCUAAAAGAUUAGAAUAUAAGAAAAUUAGAACCGAGUUCAAAAAAAUUCUAAAAAAUUUGAACUUAAAAAGUCUGAAAAAUUAAGAUUGUUAAAAAAUUUGACUGCAUAUCACACAUUCGUUAGUGUAGUACAAUUUUAUUCGUUAUUUAACUUCAGAAUGUCGUUGCAUUGAACUUUUUUUCAUAUGUUUGUACCUAUCAUUAUAUUGUUGAAUAAAUAUAUAUAUAAAUCA